UGUCGCCGUAGUGACAAGUAGUAUCGAAGUCGCGUUAGCAAAUAAAACAAAACCAUAUCGUUCUACUACAGCUGUAAAACAAAAAAAAAAUAUAAUUUUCUGCGCCAGUAAUUAUAAGGAAAAUUUUGAGUUUCUUGUGUCUUUUCCGUUUGUCCACUGAUAAGUGACAGCGAACUGCGACCCUGAGAGUAUCCCGGAAGUACUUCUGUCGACAUCACAUGACAGCGAUAUUAAGGUGGUUGAGUGACUUCUUUUGUGUAUUUUCAAGUCCCUCUUGGAGGUCUAGAUGAUAAUGCCAGGCCCAGAGGGCGACUCGAUCCGGGCCACUGGUGGCCAAGUUGAUGAAAUGACCAUGGCCCUGAUCGAUGCAGCUCAUGACAGAGAUGAAGAGACAAAGUCUGUAAUAGGCAAUGCACUGUUUGAACUGGGCAAAAAGAAACCACAUCUAGUGCUCAGUACAUGCCACUUCUAUCUUAAGAAACACAACAAGUUAUCCCAGGAUCAUCGUAUUGUGAUACUGAACUGCAUAGAGCGCAUUGUGAAAGAGACGUUAGACAGAAUUGAUUCACGCCUGGCUGUGGACCUCAUACAGCAAGCUUCUCAAGAACUUACACAGACCAAGGAGGUGGACCCCGAAUGGCAGACAGCUGCCAGUGGGAUUCUGGUAGAAAUUGGAAAGCGUUACUGUGAUGAGGUUAUGGGAGAACUUCUGCAGAAGUUUCAGCCUGGUGUACUGCCCCACUUUUUUGUAGUACAAACGAUGGGAAACCUAGCUUCAUCAAAUGUGUUUGCAAUGGUGCCACACCUGACUGCUGUACUUGGCACAAUGCUGCCCAUGCUGGGAUUGGCCAAGUAUGACAACAUGCGCUGGGUCUUUGCUACAGCUCUUGCCAAAUUCAGUGAAGCCAUCGUAGAGUAUGUGGCCAAUUUGGACACAGCACCUGAUAAAUCAGUGUCUAAAGAGAGGUUCUCAGGGGAGAUAAUGUCAGCCUUCGAUCUUCUUUUCAACAACUGGCUUCAGUCCAAAGAAGCAAAGUUGCGACUGGCCAUUGUACAGGCUGUAGGACAUAUGACUCAUGUGAUUGAGAAAGAUAAACUUGCUGAACAGCUGCCAAAGAUACUCCAGGGCAUCAUUGGGUUGUAUAAACGUCAUCCAGAACCUUUUCAGAUUACUCAGGGCCUUUGCAUGGUUCUUGCUGCUGUUUGUGAGAAAGGCAGCACAAUACUGGAACCACAUUUGGACAAUGUACUUAAUGUUCUUUUUACACAGAUAUUCCUUCCAGUGGACAGUAACAGUGCUGAAAGUGUCAAAAACCAUAAUGAAGUCCUUCGGUCAUUUGCCAUUAUUGCACAAGCGUUCUCUGGCAAACUGGUGAGUGUUUUGCUGACACGCCUUGAACCAGCCAAUGACAAAACUCGCAUUGGAAUUCUAGCUAUCUUCAGGCAUAUCAUGAAUUCAGCAGAUGAGGCUAUGGCAGACAAGAAAGAAGUAGUAGUGUCAGGCCUCAAGAUGAUAUGCAGUGAGACAAACAACAAGGUGAAAAAAAUGUUUGCUCAGGUAGUUAUCACAAUGGCUACCCGUGGUUAUCUGGAGCUUGAAGGCGGACAUGUCAUGGUUGAGUUUAUUGUACGUCAAUGUGCCUUGCCUGAUGAUCCCCCUUCACAGGGCAAAAAGAUUGCUGAUCCCGACUAUCCCACCAACCAAGAACUGCGUUCAAUGUGUGACAGUAUCUUGCAGCUUAUAACCACCACCAUCAGUGUCAUGGAAUCUGUGCUGUGGCCAUAUCUACUGGAACUUGUGGUACCAGAACAGUACACAAUAGCGACUGGGGCUGUGUGCCGUAGCCUUGCCUACCUGGCUCAAAAAAAGCGGGAAGAAAAUGCUGAGGAUUAUGAAAUCAACUUUGAUGUGCAAGCAAACCUUCCCAGACCUCCACAGAUAAUUGCAAGAUUAAUGGUACUGUGUGGCUGGCCUCAGAAUGGUCGAAACAGAGGAAUGCAUGUGCUGCAAUUGAUGAAAAACUUGUCCCCAAACUUACAUGAAAACCUUGUGGAAAUCUGGGAUACUGUUGUUCCAAAACUUAUUGGUUACCUAGAAGGUGCACACAAGUACAAACAAGAAAAUGAAGAUGGUUGGUCACAAAAAAACUGGGAAGACCUGUUGCUAAAGCUCCUGUCCAAGUCUCUUGAAGUGGUAGACAAUGAAAACUGGACAGCUGAGCUGGGAGAGGCCUUUGGCGCCCAGAUUGGUUAUUAUGCCAACUGCCCUCAGGAGAAGAAUUUUCUUUUCAAGUGCCUUGGGAUCAUAUUGCGCAAGUCAUCCAAGAAGGAUUUUGUAGUUAAGCAUCUUGAUAUCAUCUUUGCCUCUGUUAGGCACACAGAUCAGCUGGAACGUGAGGGAUGCGCCAUUGCUGUGGGGUUCGCAGCAGCCUCCCAUUUGGACUUUGUGCUGACCAAGCUAGAAGCUGUGGCCAAAAGUGACAUGGUGCGAAAGUCAUCUGGUAUCCUGGGAAUACUCAAGGACAAGUCUGAAGGUGAUAUUGAGCGAGUCAAAGCAACAAUCAUGCUGUGCUAUGGCUACGUAGCACUGUACUCUCCACCAGCCCUCAUCAUUUCACGCAUGGAGGCUACUAUACUUCGCACUAUUUCUCCAUAUUUCACUAAUGUCAGGGAUACAAGUGUUAAGCAAAACUUGAUCCGUACAGUCAGUCUCAUUGGGGAAGCACUUCAUCCAGAUCACCUUGAGACCUACUAUAAUUUUUCAUCAAGGGGUGAUUUCAUUACACAUCUGCAGAACUACUUGAGGGCAGAACCAACUUCUCACGUGAACAAUGAUACACGGUCACUGGCAAUGGAUGCAUGCACAACAUUAGUCAAAUUGGAUCCUCAGUUGUCCGAGGCUGAGAUGUUUGAUCUUGUGAAGUGCUCUACAGACUGUGUGUACAGCCUACCAGUAGAUGGCUUGCUACCCAAAAAGAACCGUGAUGAAACAUACGAAGAAGCUGCGGAAGUGGAGAAUCUGAUGAAGGAAACUAUGGAAUCUCUUCAUACACUUCUCAAACAGUUCUUGGUGAAGAACCCCACAUCUGCAUGUCUGUUUGAUUUGUUCAAGCACCUGCAAACCUGGAUAGCCUCAUCUCAGGAACAUGAAAGGGAAAGAGCUGUCACCACAUGGUUUAUUCUUCUUGAAUACUUCACAGAAGUCAUGGAGGCCUCGAAACAAGAUCAGUUUCUAAUUGCUGGGCAAUUUCUCGGCACGAUUAUUCCUCGGUGUACAGAUCCUAGCCCAAAGGUUCGGCAAAUUGCAGUAGACUGUGUACAGCUCACUCUUCGCAUUGGGCUAGCCUUUCAAGGUCAUCCAUUGGGCGAAAAAGAUCAAAUGGUUGAUGCCUUGUCGACUCUGAAAGAGAGGCUCAAGAAAAGUGACCCCAAUGUUUUGUUCAGUGUAGUCAAUGAUUUAUCAAAGGUUAUAGCCAAAAAGACAACAAAAGAACAGUUGUACCCCCUUGUGGAGUGUCUCCUUGCUGGCCUCACAGAUGCCCAGUCUCAUUCUUCCUCUGGAGCCUGUGUUGUGCUAAAUGGACUCAUAAAACUACGUGGAAGUGAAGUCUAUGUAAAGGUUGGGGAGCUUCUGAAAAGCCUUCAUGCCAAACUGCUGGAAAUCCAGUGCCCACAAACAAAGACAGGCACUCUGCGUACACUUCGAACCCUGGCCAGUCAUCACAUGCCAUCCUUCCUCAACUUUCUCCUUCAGCUCCCAGUGCCUUACUCCAGUGAAGUUGUGGAAAUCUGGCACAUCCUGGCGCAGGAUCCACAGCUUACAGCUGCUAUGCUAGAACACUUCCUGGAACUGCUGCAAAAGUCCUUACCUUAUGAAGAAAAGACUGAUUCUAGUAACAAGACUAAAUUUGUCAGGAGUGCGACAGUUGUACCUUUGGCGGUCACCUUUGCCCUAAUAGAAGUGUUCGCAGUUGAAGAGACAGCAGAGGAAUUACAGAAGAUAUAUCAUAGACUUUUUGCUGCCUGCCUGGUGAGGUUGGGCUCCUCAAUUGGUGUCGGCCCUCCCAAAUCACAUGUCAUGAAAGAGGAAUCCAAAACCAAAGAGAAGAAAAAGGCGGUUGUAAAGGAAGUGAAGAUUAGUCCCAUUCAAGUUGCCAUUGAUGCCAUGAAGGGAUUUCUCGAACGAGCAGGAAGUAAGGAUCUGCUUGAAGCCCUCAAUGAGUCAGGAGUGUGGGCUAUGAUUUCUGAUGAGAUGCAGUAUCCUCAAGCCAUCACAAUGCUUGCAAAAUAUUUGGUGUCAGACCCAGAGGAUAAGCGCCAUACCAGUAAAAUUGUGACUUCCCUCACAUCAGUGCUUUCAAGUCUGUAUGAAAAUCAGCGAGUAACCGUAGCUGCAUUUUUUGCCGAGUUGAUCAACCAACAGUGUGCUGGAGAUGACAGCCUUGUUGAACUUAUAAUGAACAGUCUUCUUGGGCGUCUUGUUGACACUUCUCACAUUGUGCGCAUGUUGUGCAUACGAGGUUUGGGCAACAUUGCAAGCGUAGGGAAGGAACAGGUCCAGCGGUAUUCAACUACAAUACUGUCUGCGAUGAUGGCUGGAAUGGAUGACAAGGAAGAUCCAGAAGAUUAUAUCACUAUUGAAGCCAUGAGUGGGCUGUCUCGUGUGCUAUCGGAGAUUGAUGAAAGCCAUAUUCGUGCCAUUCUUAUCAAUGUGGCCCUCAAGAUACGACCGUGCUUUGAGAAGGAUAAGCCAGCUGUCAGAGCUCAAGCGUUUAUCCUUUUUGGCAACUUGUCAAGAUUUGGUGGUGGCCCUUCUCGCACACCAUUUUUGGAGCAGAUUCACAGCAACAUUGUUAGCCUCUUACUUCAUCUGAAUGAUGAAGAUCCUGAAGUCAAAAAGAGCUGCAAAUUUGCUUUGCGUCUGCUUGGUCCUUUGAUGUCAUCAGAAGCAAUCAAUGACAAAUUUCAAAAACACCUACUUGAAGAAGCCAAUUUAUUUUAUGGAGAAUUUAUGAUAGACCUCUCAAAACUCAUAAUUCAAGAUUUUCCAGAAAAAGUCAACUUUUAUGUGAUGGGUUGUGUUGCCUUCUUUAAAAGCUCUUGGCCUGACAUCCGCAGCAAUGCUGCUAUGUUUGUUGGUUUUCUGCUUGGUAACUUGCCCAAGGAUCGACAGACAGACAUCACUAAGGAACAUGUUUGUGCUUCUUUAAUACUAUUGCUGAAGGAUCCUUCUCCCAAGGUCCGUGCUAAGGCAGCAGAAGCCAUGAGCCUCUUGUAUGACUACUGAAGAUUGUAGGUAUCUCUAAACUCCACCCAAACAGUGCAAUAGAUAUGGAGAAGCAUCUUUCCAGAAUUCAGCAUUUGCUUACAUGCUUACAUUUGCAACAUGCUUACCUAUGGUUCCGCAGAUGUCAGAGCCAACACAGACUUCACCCUUUCCAUGAGGUCGCUUUUCUUUUCCUUGGACUUGCAAUGGAUACCCCGUGACUUUAACCAGGACGUCAGUGUAGCAACAUUUACUCGUCCAAGCUGAUCAGAUUAAAAGUGAGUAUCAGUAGCCAG